AUGUCAGUUUCAGCUGUGUUGGGGCCUCAAUUGGUGGCUGUGGGUGUGGCCGUGAAGAACCCAUCUGCGACGGCGUCGUUUGGGGUCCCAAAGACAUCCCCAUGGCGCGGCUCAGUUGGUGGAGGUACUGGGUUGAUGAUUGAGUGUUCGUCGAGGCCACAGAAGAAGGCCACUGCUCAUCACAGGAAGACUCGGCCUCGCAAAACGCAGCCAUGGGACGUGAAACGCAAGCCCACUGUGUACACUCCUCUGCCUCCUCUCCCUGCCGACUGGACAUUGGUCUCUUCUGCAGAUGAAGCUUCAUCUUCUUCCCCACAAGAGCCACCCACUACUGAGUAG